AAAUUCUAGAAAAAAAACGUUAAAGGGUCUUAAAGCACUUUAAUCAGUCUCUUGGAUAUUACAUUAUUUAACAUGUGUGUAGUGUACCCUAUUUUUACCAGUUUUAGUUUUUUUUUUAUAAAUGGGCUGCUAUUUAAGGUUCAUCAGAUAAGGAGGAACAGCAGGUGGAGUGGAGAUGGGAAAGAAAUUUUGAUGCAUACUAUGUACUUAUUUUCUCUCUAGUUUCCCAGCUCCCAUUUGCGCCAUAUGGUCUGCAGAACACAGGGCACACAGUUUUUUUUAUCAUGCUUUGAUCUAUAGAUAUUGUUACUUUUUAAUAUCUGUAUAUCCACUGUAGAUGCUGAAUGAUCACAUGUUGGUACGUAUUGGUGGAGGAUGGGACACAUUGGAGCAUUACCUCAUGACCCAUGUACCCUCUAAACAAGGUCUUGACAAUCCAAGUGUGCCAAGUUCUCAAGCUCUUGCCAGUCCACGAAACUCUAUAUCGGCAGGCAGCGGCAACAGAAACAGUCUGUUCGAAAAGGUCAAAAAGAAAGAGCAAAUUGGAAUUAUCAGAGACUCGCCAGUUUAUUCCUCACAAGGAAGCUUGAGCCAGCUAUCGGCAGCUCAAUCCACGCCAAAGAAAAAGCUGUCCCUGGUUGAGAGCGACGAGAAGGACAUCACAGACGCGAUUCGUAAAAUCGAGUCUUCCGUGUCACAGAAUUUAGCUACAAGACCCGCCAGCUUCACUAGCAAGACUUUCCACCAGCUUAAAAGUCGCUUUGACAAGGGAAUAUUUGGCUCGAGUAGGAGAACCUCAUCUCCAGAUAUUUCGGUGAAAGGCAAGAAAAUUUCAAGGCGUUUGAGCGACACUUGUACCAUGGCGGACAUCGCUUCAUCUCUUGCAUUUGACGGAGGAGUGAACGAAGAUCAACAGGAAGCUUCCAAUGCUAAUAACAAUGAUUCGGACUUGAAGCAAACCCAGUCCAGAGAAACUGAAGAAUUGUUAGUGGGAAAGUCCGCGGCCCCAAGCGAAGACUUGCUAGGGAACGUAACUUUGCAAAAAGACCUUUCACAACCUAUCGUUUCGGACGAUGUUGACGGAUCCGGGCCCAGCGACGAUUUUCCCUCUAUGCAUCACGUAAAUGGUUCUAAUUGGACUGAGGAUUUGCAAAGUGGUCCGAUGAAUGGGACCGAAAAUUACCAAGCUGCGCCUCAUGGGGAGAAUCUUAUAGAUAUCUCGUCGUUUGAUCCUUUUGCUACAGCACCAGACCAGGACGAACUGAUUUCGAUCGAUACUAGUACACCGGAAAAAGUCGAGGAGCAGCCGAAGACCACCGACGGGUUUGAACAAAUUUCAUCUGAGCCAGACGAAACUGAGGUUGCAUCUACACCUCGGAUUGACCUGGGAGACUUACUAGCGGACUCACAAUCGGCGGAAACAAAGACAGAAGAAAUUACGGUCGAGUCUUCACCUCCGGUUAUUCUGGAGGACUUGAUACCGGACAAAGAAUUGGGUGAGUCUACAGAAGCUCGGAUGGAAGACAGUUUGAUCGAGUCUCCGCACACGACGGCUGAAGAACACACAAUGCCUGAAGCACAGUUGCCUGAAGUUGCAGAAGGAGAUGUUACGAACUCCUUUGAAGAAAUCCACACGGCAGAAGAAGUAAAACGCGACGAAACUGUCCUGAAUGACAACUUACAAGAAGUCCCGUCCAUUGCGGUAGAUCCUGCUUUGGAAUCUGAGUUGGAUUCUCCAAAACUUGGGCAAGAAGCUGCCAAAGUCGAAGAGCCCAUUCCCAGUGAGGAACCUCUGGUCGACUUGGAAGGAGAAAGUAAUGAAGCUUCUCGUGUGUGUGACGAGACAACCACGCAGGAACAAAGCUCGGAAGAAAUUGUUACAAUAGUCGAGAGCGUUUCAGUGGAGGUGGACGAGGGGAAGGAGGAAGCUAAGUCCGUGGAAGAAGAGUUCAAGCCUGUACAGGAUGAAGCCGAGCCCUUACGGGAAGAAGCUAAGACUAAAGAGGAAGACGCCAAGCCCGUAGAGGAUGAAGCCAAACCUGUUGAGGAAGAGGCCAAGCCUGUAGAAGAUGAAGCCAAACUUGUUGAAGAAGAGGCCAAGCCUGUAGAUGAUGAAGCCAAACUUGUUGAAGAUGAGUCCAAGCCUGUAGAGGAUGAAGCCAAACUUGUUGAGGAAGAGGCCAAGCCUGUAGAGCAUGAAGCCAAGCUUGUUGAGGAAGAAGCCAAGCCUGCGGAGGUUGAACCUAAGCUUGUUGAAGAACAGGCCAAGCCUGAAGAGACAGAGGUGAAGUUUGUGGAGGAAGAAGUUAAGUCAGUAGAGACAGAAGUUAAGCCUGCGGAGACAGAAGCCAAGCCUGCAGAAACAGUAAAGCCUUCGAAAGGCGAGGCUCUUAAAACGGAGAAACACGCUCAAAAAGGUACAAAAACAAAACCUCAUUCAGCUACCGCAACGACGAAGUCUCCCCCUAAAGCAGCCCCGGCGGCAAAACCAACUGCAACGAAGAAACCAACAGGACCUGCAAGCACGUCAUCAUCUACGAAGGCGCCCUCCACUUUAGCGACGAAAAGAGACAUCAAACCUCCAGCUACCAAGGCUUCUUUUGCUGCUAAAGCCCCAGCCACGAAGACGACAACUUCAACGGUUCCUGGUGUUAAGAAGCCCGCAGCUAAAACCACAGCGGCGAAGGCAGACCAGGAAAAGAAACCAGAGAGGCCCAAGAGUGCUGCGACAGCUCGCCCCCCGAUGAAAUCAGCGGCUACCAGUACUACGGGCACGGCUCGACCUGCUAGUGCGGUUACAAAGAAACCUCCUGCUUCUACCUCGAAACCAGGUAGCGCUAAGGUCCCAGGUAAAGACGUGAAGGAUGCUGGUCCACCGAAAAGUGCGCCAAAGACGACAACUUCCAGACCAACUUCUGCCAAACCAACGCCUUUGAAAACAAGCGCACCUGCAACGAAACCCGCUGCUGCAAAACCAAGCCGACCUCAGAGUGCAAAGCCUGGCGACAAAACAGACGGUGCCGCUAAGCAACCUACUUCACGACCGCAAAGUGCGAAACCAAAACCAACCACUACAACAACGACCGUGAAAAAGACGACCUCUUCAACUAAGAGUGGUGUCGCUCCUGUGAAGACUGCUACCACCAGAACGGUGACUCAAGUGAAGAGCGGUGAUAAGAAAACUACUACGACCACCACUAAGAAAGAAACCACGAGGCCAUCUUCGGCUGCUAAGAAUGCUACCGGUGCCAAAUCCACGGUGACUGGCCCAAAAUCGGCAAAGCCUAGCGGGAAACCGAACGCUGGGACUCCAACCGGGAAACCGUCUGCGAAAGCUGCUCCCAAGAAAAAGGCGGAACAACCAACGAAAGAAAAGGAGACGAAGGAGGACGAGAAACCGGCAUCUCAGCCAGGAACCGCUGACGAACCCACUAUUCCGACCAACGAGAAGCAUUCUGAAGUUGUCGAGAUUAUCCCUGACGAGAAACCUGCUGAAGUUGUCGAAUCGGUUUCAGAAGGAAGUCCAGUCGAAACAAGCCCCGAAGAGAAAUCGAUUGAAUUAAACCCCGAAUCAGCUCCAGCCGAACAAGAUGCCGGGACAGUUGAAGUUCCUCUGGAAGGCGUAGAACAAUCAAAUGUCGUCACACAGAUCGUCACGUCCCAAACGACGACUAUCAUCGCUGAUGGCGAAGAACAAUCGAUUACUACAAUGGAAGAAACUACAUUUGAACAGACUGUGGGAGAAAGUUGAAAGUACUGUUUGUCUAGAACUUUGAAUUAAUCCAAAGACCGGAAAAAUGGCUAGUAUAGGGUUAAUCUAGACGAGCGAAUUCUAAUUCAAAGCAAGAUCGGUUCCCCUGUAGGAAGAAAUUAUGAAGUGCUUAGAGAGAAAAGGAGGAAGAAGUCAUAUGCAAACUAGUGCACAUGCUUUAAUGUCAGUUCAAAUAAUGAAGCUCUUAAGCUUAAAACGAAGUUUUGAUUUUUGCACGUGACCCCAAAGAAGUUCCCUUCAAUUCGAUUUCCUUGAGAAAAUAUUUUUUAGUGUGGUAACCCCGACAAAGGGUCAUAGGGGUGAGUGAGAAAGAGUCUUCUUUCAACCGCGUGACUUGUUGUGAAAACGGGGAAGGCGCUGAAGGCAGACAACUAGAAAUUAGUAAAGGUGCAAAACAGGCGUAAAAUUUCCUAAAGCAGUUUUUUCAUUACCCAAUGAGGUGGAAAGGUCAUCUGUAAUUUCACACCCUCGCUAUUUAUAUUGAGUGUUUUCCUUAUACCCAGUCUACCUCGCAGCCGUUAAGUUGGGUCGUCAUUCGACGCCUACCGUGAGCAUUUCUUCGCAACACGGUAGUUGCUUUAGGUGAAAGAUUACUUGUCACGGUCAGGAGUUUAAAAUGUCCUUAUUUACAGAAAGAUUUACACAACUUCGUUAAACUUAAGCCAUGGUAGGUCAUCUAAGUAUACCGUAAAAAGGAGAUAUUUCACACAGGAGAACAUUUAUUGUCUGCGUGCUUUCUCUGCAGCCAAAGAAAGUGUUCAUAGUCUUUGUGCUUUGGGUGUUUCUGUAUAAAUUAAAUGUCUUCCUCUAUUGAAUUAUUGAAUUGACACUAUUUAAGAACACUUUUCCAAUCCAUUGAAACAACUUUGUCACCCGGUCAUUAUCUAAGAGAGUUCUCAGAAUCUAACCUUGUGAACACGUUUCAAGAAAAAGUAAGCUAAAAUGUAGAAGUGAGGUAUUUUGCGUUUUUUGUAAAUAAGGGAAAAAGAAGAAAACAAGAUUUCGUAAAAUGAUUAGAGAAAAUAAAAAGUUAAUUUAGACAGUU